AUGUCUACCGAACCAUUCAAGAACGUCAUCUUAUUACCACAAACUAAUCAAUUAUUAGGUUUAUACACUAUCAUCAGAGACAAAAGGACCUCGAGACCUGAUUUCAUCUUUUAUUCUGAUAGAAUUAUCAGGCUAUUGGUCGAAGAAGGUUUGAACUACUUGCCAGUUCAAGCAAAGAGUGUCGAUACCGAAACAAAUGAAGUGUUCGAAGGUGUUUCCUUCAUGGGCAAGAUCUGUGGUGUCUCUAUUGUCAGAGCCGGCGAAUCCAUGGAGCAAGGCUUAAGAGAAUGUUGUAGGUCCGUUAGAAUCGGUAAGAUUCUAAUUCAAAGAGAUGAAGAAACUGCUUUACCAAAAUUAUUCUACGAAAAACUACCUGAAGAUAUUUCUGAAAGAUUUGUUUUCUUAUUAGACCCAAUGUUAGCCACUGGUGGCAGUGCCAUCAUGGCCACUGAUGUCUUGAUCAAAAGAGGUGUCAAACCAGAAAGAAUCUUCUUCUUGAAUUUGAUUUGCAGUAAAGAAGGUAUUGACAAAUAUCAUGAAGCUUUCCCAGACGUUAAAAUUGUCACUGGUGCUGUCGACAGAGGUUUAGAUGAAAACAAGUACUUGAUCCCUGGUUUAGGUGACUUCGGUGACAGAUACUAUUGUAUUUAA